AUGGCUACCAUAAAGUGUAGGUAUUUUAUCGCUGGUAGCUGCAAGUUUGGGGAUCAAUGUCGGUUUUUACACGCUUCAGAUAACCAGCGCACGGUGCAAACCAACGAGAUGGUCGAGGAUAUAGCAGAAGGCCCCGUUUGGCCAUUUUCCAGCUACAAGGAUUAUUCUAGCGGGAACCGAUAUUUCGACGACCUUUCUCCAGAAGAAGUUAUCCUGGAAGGUCGAAAAUCCGGCUCUAAUUAUCAGGGUUUUGCUCUUGAAGCAAGAAGGAAUAUUGUUUCCUCGAUACAAAGAGCCUCAGGCUCCCCGGCGUUUCCUGUCACUGGCGCGCCUUUACUUUCCGCCAAUUUGUUUACGCCUAUUUCGAAGAGUAACCCAUUCAGUAAAAGUUCGUCGUCAAGUUCUACUGGCUUUGUGAUGGGAAUGACAGCACCUGAGAAUAACACCAUCUCUUUCGGUGCGACUCGCGCAGAAUCCAAUUCAACUCCAUUUAAAAUUGAACCGGGAAAUUCUGUUCACUCUCAAAACAUGAACCACUUGUGUUUUAGUAAAAAUCCUGGGGAAACCAUUUCGGCAUCAAAAGAAGAGUAUUUUGAAGGAAGGAUCUUUGCUCUUUUGGGAAAAGUCCCUUCAGAAAUCGUUGAAAGAGAUUGUUCAAAGUACGAUUCUAGCCCAUGGAUUUUGGGCCAUCUUCCCGAGCUGCCCCCGCCGAUUUAG